AAACAGAUGUUGCCAUGUUGGACGGUGACAAAUACAGUCAAUCGGCAUCCUCAGGUCAAAGCAGAGGCUAUCUGUCAAAGCAACGGGACCGCAAGGUCGAUCCAGUAGGAUCCAUUCAUGGUGUAAACAGCAAGGCCGACGAUUCAGAAACACAGCGCCACAGUGCCACUUUGGGAUUAUUGUCAUUCAGAGCGCCAAGGCCCUCAAACACAAAAGCUGUAAAGCAGAAGGGGAAUGCAGAUGAAGCUGCCUUCACUACUCUGAGCAAUUUCAGGCACAGACGGCACAGUUUCAACGUUGGCCCAGUGGACUCCAGAUUGUGGCACAGGCAAACAAAGAGUGACAAAAUAGAAUGGCGAGAAGCGGUCUGCCGGUCCACAAAGCCUCAAACAUCAUCAUGUUUAUGUGAGGAGACCUGUUUUUAUCAUUCCAGACGAAAGGCUGACUCAUUGGAAGGCACAACCAGGACGCUCAGCCUCAAAGAAGCUUUAGAGCUCCUCAGACCGGACUUCAUCAGUCGAUCCCAGGAGCGGUUGAGGAGGCUGGAGCAGUGUGUCAAGAGAAGAAAAGCUCUGCAGGACUUCAACCCAGAUCUGGUCCAGGGCCUCAGGGAAGAUCGAGGCAAACCAAAGACGAACUGCACCACACCAGAUCCAAUCAGCAAUAACCUUUUCAAGCCUAGAGUGAGGUCUAUAUCAGGCAGAGAGAUGCAGCUGAGGUCCAGACGGAUUUAUAACAAGCUGCCUGAGGUGACAAAGAAGAAGGAGGAGGAGAAAAAGAGGGCUAUAUCACAAACCAACAGGCUACGAGCAGAGGUGUUUAAGAAGAAACUUCUGGACCAGAUCCUGCAGAGAUUUUAGAGCCUUUGAAUGGGGUUCAUUUAUUGUAAUUUUCCACAACACAAGCGGGAGCAUUUCAUCCUUUGUUUUUUGUUUCUUUCUUUCUUUUUGUCU